GCGCGGGCUUGAGCUGCGGCGGGGUCUGGGGCGCGGAGCAGCGGCGGGAGGAGGCGGACACGUGGCAGCAGCAGCAGCGGUAGCAGCCCCAGCGGCGGCAUCGGCUCGAGCCGCCGGCCGGUCUCCCUCCCUCCCGCCCCGCGGCAGCCCUAGCUCCCUCCUCUCCGCUCCCCCGGCCGCGCUAGUUCGGCCGGGAGCUGCUCUCCUCUUUCCUGAUUCUUGAGCGACAGGACCCGGCGCCGCGCACAGACCUCCGCCACCAUGGGGAAAGGGGUUGGACGUGAUAAAUAUGAACCUGCAGCCGUUUCAGAGCAUGGCGACAAAAAGAAGGCCAAGAAAGAGCGGGAUAUGGAUGAACUGAAGAAAGAAGUUUCUAUGGAUGACCAUAAACUUAGCCUUGACGAACUUCAUCGCAAAUAUGGAACAGACUUGAGUCGAGGCUUAACAACUGCUCGAGCUGCUGAGAUCCUGGCUCGAGAUGGCCCCAAUGCUCUCACCCCGCCUCCCACCACUCCCGAAUGGGUCAAGUUCUGUCGGCAACUGUUUGGGGGUUUCUCGAUGUUACUGUGGAUUGGAGCGAUUCUUUGUUUCUUAGCUUACGGCAUCCAGGCUGCCACGGAAGAGGAACCUCAAAAUGAUAACCUGUAUCUUGGGGUGGUACUGUCAGCUGUUGUCAUCAUAACUGGUUGUUUCUCCUACUAUCAAGAAGCUAAAAGUUCCAAGAUCAUGGAAUCCUUCAAAAACAUGGUUCCCCAGAGAUCCCUUUGGAAUUUGGUCUUCUCGUUUGAACACUACCCGGUCCUUGUUGGCAGCUGCUUUUCUCUGAUUGAAUGGUGUAUAAACUGUUUUCUGCUCCUCAAGCAAGCCCUUGUGAUUCGAAAUGGUGAAAAACUGAGCAUCAAUGCAGAGGAAGUUGUGGUCGGGGAUCUGGUGGAAGUGAAAGGAGGAGACCGAAUCCCUGCUGACCUCAGGAUCAUCUCUGCCAAUGGCUGCAAGGUGGACAACUCCUCACUCACUGGUGAAUCAGAGCCCCAGACUAGGUCUCCAGACUUCACAAAUGAAAACCCCCUGGAAACGAGGAACAUUGCCUUCUUUUCAACCAACUGUGUGGAAGGUACGGCUCGUGGCAUUGUCGUGUACACCGGGGACCGGACGGUGAUGGGGAGAAUCGCCACGCUUGCUUCUGGGCUGGAAGGAGGCCAGACUCCCAUCGCUGCCGAAAUUGAGCAUUUUAUCCAUAUCAUCACGGGUGUGGCCGUGUUCCUGGGGGUGUCCUUCUUCAUCCUGUCUCUGAUCCUGGAGUACACCUGGCUCGAGGCCGUCAUCUUUCUUAUCGGCAUCAUUGUCGCCAACGUGCCGGAAGGCCUGCUGGCCACUGUCACGGUAUGUCUGACCCUUACUGCCAAACGCAUGGCAAGGAAAAACUGCUUAGUGAAGAACUUAGAAGCCGUGGAGACCUUGGGGUCCACGUCCACCAUCUGCUCGGAUAAAACUGGAACUCUGACUCAGAACCGGAUGACAGUGGCCCACAUGUGGUUCGACAAUCAAAUCCAUGAAGCCGACACAACGGAGAAUCAGAGUGGUGUCUCAUUUGACAAGAGUUCAGCCACCUGGCUCUCUCUGUCCAGAAUUGCGGGUCUCUGUAAUAGGGCGGUGUUUCAGGCGAACCAGGAAAACCUACCUAUCCUUAAGCGGGCAGUUGCAGGCGACGCCUCGGAGUCCGCGCUCUUGAAAUGUAUCGAGGUGUGUUGUGGCUCAGUGAAGGAGAUGAGAGAGCGAUACGCCAAGAUCGUGGAGAUCCCCUUCAACUCCACCAACAAGUACCAGCUGUCCAUCCACAAGAACCUCAACACGUCUGAGCCCCGACACCUGUUGGUGAUGAAGGGUGCCCCAGAAAGGAUCUUGGACCGCUGCAGCUCCAUCCUCCUGCACGGCAAGGAGCAGCCCCUGGAUGAGGAGCUGAAGGAUGCCUUUCAGAACGCCUACCUGGAGCUGGGCGGCCUUGGAGAGCGAGUGCUAGGUUUCUGCCACCUCUUUCUGCCCGACGAACAGUUUCCUGAAGGGUUCCAGUUUGACACGGAUGAGGUGAAUUUCCCUGUUGAAAACCUCUGCUUUGUGGGGCUUAUCUCCAUGAUUGACCCUCCGCGGGCCGCCGUCCCUGAUGCCGUGGGCAAGUGUCGCAGCGCUGGUAUUAAGGUCAUCAUGGUCACUGGAGACCAUCCAAUCACAGCCAAAGCCAUUGCCAAAGGUGUGGGCAUCAUCUCAGAAGGCAACGAGACUGUGGAAGACAUCGCUGCCCGCCUCAACAUCCCAGUGAGCCAGGUGAACCCCAGAGAUGCCAAGGCCUGCGUGGUACAUGGAAGUGACCUGAAGGACAUGACCGCUGAGCAGCUGGAUGACAUUCUGAAGUACCACACGGAGAUCGUGUUUGCCAGGACCUCUCCUCAGCAGAAGCUUAUCAUCGUGGAAGGCUGCCAGAGACAGGGGGCUAUCGUAGCUGUAACUGGCGAUGGUGUGAACGACUCUCCAGCCUUGAAGAAGGCAGACAUUGGGGUUGCUAUGGGGAUUGCUGGCUCCGACGUGUCUAAGCAAGCUGCAGACAUGAUUCUUCUGGAUGACAACUUUGCGUCAAUUGUAACUGGAGUAGAAGAAGGUCGUCUGAUCUUUGAUAACUUGAAGAAAUCCAUUGCCUACACCCUGACCAGUAACAUUCCAGAGAUCACCCCCUUCCUGAUAUUUAUUAUUGCAAACAUUCCACUACCCCUGGGGACUGUCACCAUCCUCUGCAUUGACCUGGGCACGGACAUGGUUCCUGCCAUCUCCCUGGCUUACGAGCAAGCUGAGAGCGACAUCAUGAAGAGACAGCCCAGAAACCCCAAAACGGACAAGCUUGUGAACGAGCGGCUGAUAAGCAUGGCCUACGGGCAGAUUGGUAUGAUCCAGGCCCUGGGAGGCUUCUUCACAUACUUUGUGAUUCUGGCUGAGAACGGCUUCCUCCCAACCCACCUGCUGGGCAUCCGAGUGGACUGGGAUGACCGCUGGAUCAACGAUGUGGAGGACAGCUACGGGCAGCAGUGGACCUACGAACAGAGGAAAAUCGUGGAGUUCACGUGCCACACAGCCUUCUUUGUCAGCAUCGUGGUGGUGCAGUGGGCUGAUCUGGUCAUCUGUAAGACCAGGAGGAACUCUGUCUUCCAACAGGGGAUGAAGAACAAGAUCUUAAUAUUUGGCCUCUUUGAAGAGACGGCCCUUGCUGCUUUCCUUUCCUACUGCCCUGGAAUGGGUGUUGCCCUGAGGAUGUACCCCCUCAAACCUACCUGGUGGUUCUGUGCCUUCCCCUACUCUCUCCUCAUCUUCGUGUACGACGAAGUCCGAAAACUCAUCAUCAGGCGACGCCCUGGUGGCUGGGUAGAGAAAGAAACCUACUACUAGACCCCGUGUCCUGCACGCCGUGGAGCAUCACGCCACACACUUCGCACCCACCCCCCACCCCCUCUUUGUGUACUUCAGUCUUGGAAUUCGGAACUCUACCCUGGUAGGAAAGCACCGAAGCAUGUGGGGGAAGCAAGACGUCCCGGAAUGAAGCAUGUAGCUCUAUGGGGGGGAGGGGGGAGGGCUGCCUGACAAACAUCGUCUAUGGGAAUGACCGCGGGGAUGGUUUUUAUGUGCCUUUUUGUUUUUGUAAAAAGGAAAACUUGGAAAGACUGAAAGAAUACAUUUUAUAUCUGGAUUUUUACAAAUAAAGAUGGCUAUUAUAAUGGAA